AUGUCUCCAUCCACUCUCAGGUCGUGUACCAUAUCGUUAUAUCGGGGUGUUCGCCCCGUUGCUCCCACAAGCAUAGUCAGACCCUUGUUGUCGUCCCUUGUUGGCCCAUACCACCACCAGCAGAGAUGGAGCUCGCACUCUCCCAUGGGCGUUCCCACAGGACCUCAAAGAAAAAAGGUGACUGUUGGGACUAUCCGCUCCCUGCACAAGAAGAAUGAGCCAAUCACUGUCCUCACUGCCCAUGACUUUCCCAGCGCCCUUGCAGCCGACAUUUCUGGUAUGGAUAUCAUCCUAGUUGGUGACAGUCUGGCCAUGGUGUCGAUGGGCAUGGAAGAUACAAGUGAGGUCACCGUCGAGGAGAUCUUGAUGCACUGUCGUUCCGUGGCACGUGCCUCCAAGGCAUCCUUUAUUGUCGGAGAUCUAUCCAUGGGCUCGUAUGAGAUCUCCCCAGAACAAGCCUUGGCAACAGCCAUCCGUUACGUCAAGGAAGGUCGCGUACACGGCAUCAAACUCGAGGGUGGCGCAGAGAUGGCACCAACUAUCAAGAGGAUCACGAGCGCAGGUAUUCCCGUCUUGGCACACAUUGGUCUGACACCUCAACGCCAGAAUGCCCUAGGUGGUUUCCGUGUGCAGGGCAAGACCUCCGCUGGCGCACUCAAGGUUCUUGAAGAUGCCAAGGCAAUAGAAGAAGCCGGCGCUUUUGCCACAGUCCUCGAGGCCGUGCCGGCAGAAGUCGCCGCAUUGAUUACAAAGGAGCUUUCCAUACCAACUAUCGGCAUCGGGGCCGGUAAUGGUUGUUCUGGUCAGGUCCUCGUUCAAAACGACAUGAUUGGUAAUUUCCCUCCAGGCCGGUUCCUCCCCAAAUUUGUCAAGCAAUACGGCAAUGUCUGGGGAGAGACCAUUCGCGCCAUCGAGUCGUACAAGUCGGAAGUCAAGGCGCGCCAGUAUCCCGCGGUCGAGCACACAUAUCCGAUAAGUGAUGGUGAGCUAGAGUCGUUCCAGGCUGCCUUGAAGAAGGAAAAGGCGUAA